AUGAAAAAGCUUGCCGGUUUUGCUGGUGGAGGAGCACAGGUCUUAGUCGGUCAGCCAUUUGAUCUGGUCAAGGUUCGAGUCCAAACCGGACAGUACAACUCACCAAUUUCUGCGCUUUCUGAUACCCUGAGAAAUGAAGGCCUGGGAGCAUUUUAUAAAGGAACCUUAGCUCCUUUAAUUGGAGUCGGAGCUUGCGUUUCUAUUCAGUUUUACGGUUUUCAUGAGGCCAAAAGACAAAUCCUAAAAAGGAAUUCCAAACAAAAUGACUUGACUUUGGGGCAGUUCUAUGUUGCCGGGGCAUUUGCUGGUAUCGUCAACGCUCCGAUAACCUCUCCGGUUGAGCAAAUCAGGAUUUUGUUGCAGGUACAAAAAGACAGUCUAAAAGUAUACAAUGGUCCAAAAGAUGCAAUAACAAAAAUUUACAAAGAGGCAGGCGUUUUGAGAGGUAUUUUCAGAGGGAUUGUGGUGACUUUCCUGAGAGAAGCACAAGCGUAUGGUGUUUGGUUCCUGACGUAUGAGUAUCUGAUCAACAGAUUGAUCCGGCUCCAUCAAAUAGAACGUCAGAACAUCUCAACAAUGGAACUUCUUGUCUGCGGCGCUGUUGCCGGAGAUGCUUUGUGGCUUAGCUCUUAUCCAUUGGAUGUGGUGAAAAGUCGGCUUCAAAGUGACCGGUUUGGAAGAAAUUCGAGGUACAAGGGUUCAGCUGUCGAAGUCGUGAAACACAUUAUGAGGCACGAGGGACCAUUGGGAUUUUGGAAAGGAAUCGGCCCUACCCUUUUAAGAGCGAUCCCUUGUAGCGCGGCAACAUUCACCACUGUUGAGUAUGUUUUGAGGCUUCUAAACUGA